AUGGCUUCUGCUAGUGCUAAUAAAAGACGUAGAGCUGAAACUGAAAGUGGAAGAGGAGGUCGUAUAUUUAACCCAUCUUGGACAAAUGAAUAUUUUGUAAUGGAGCAAAAUAAUUCAAUUAUGUGUCUCAUUUGUUUUGAAAAAAUUGCCGUGUGCAAAAUGUAUAAUGUUAAUAGACACUAUACUACAAAACAUGCAGCAACUUAUGAUAAAUUCAAGGGCCAAUUUCGUGUUGAUAAGGUAGAACUGCUAAAGAAAAAUUUUAUCGGACAACAAUCAAUAAUGAAAAAAAAUAUUGCAAAAAGUGGUCAACCUUUUUCUACUGGAGAUUUAAUAAAAAACUCUAUAAAACAAUUUUGUAAUGAGGUAUGCCCUGAAAAAAUACAAUUUGCUGAAGAUCUCAGUCUUUCACACCAGACAAUUGCAAGAAGGGUUGAAGAUCUAUCAAAGAAUAUUGAAUUAGCAUUGAAAGAAAAACUAUGUAAGUGUGAAGCAUAUAGUCUGGCACUUGAUGAAUCAACAGAUAGAAGUGAUACGGCUCAGUUAGCUAUUUUUAUUAGAUUUAUAACAAGUAAUUUUGAAAUAAUUGAAGAACUGUUGGAUUUCAGGCACAUGAAAGGCACUACUAAAGGGGAAGAUAUUCUUUCUGAAGUCAAAAAAACAAUGAUAAAGUUUGAUUUGCCAGAAACAAAACUCUCUGGUGUCACUACAGAUGGAGCAAGUUCAAUGAAAGGAAAAAAUAUUGGAUUUGUGGCAUUAUUUAAGAAAUCCAUUAAUCACAACAUUCUUUCAUAUCACUGUAUUAUACAUCAGGAACAGUUAUGUGCAAAAGUAUUAGAAAUGAAAGAAGUCAUGGAAAUUGUUAUCCAAACUGUUAAUUUUAUAAGAAGUCGUGGCCUUAAUCACAGACAGUUCAAACAAUUGCUUGAGGAUUGUGGAAGUGAGGCAGAAGAUGUAAUUUAUUUCUGCCAAGUUAGAUGGCUUAGUCGAGCUGCAACUUUGAAAAGAUUUUGGAUAUUAAUACCUGAAAUAAUAAAGUUUCUAAAAAUUAAAGAUAAAGACACAAGCUUUCUUGAAAAUAAUGACUGGCUGAAUGAUUUGGCAUUUUUAGUUGACAUUACACAGAUGUUAAUGGAAUUAAAUAUCAAGUUGCAGGGUAAAGAUCAACUUAUUAGUAAAUUAUAUGAAAAUGUAGAAACAUUUGUUUUGAAAUUGAAACUUCUCAAACAACAAUUAAGUCAAAAAUCACUUAUCCAUUUUAAAACAUUGUCAGAAAGAAAUACCAACACAGUUGACUAUGAAAAAUAUUGUAAUCUUAUUUUAAAAGUAAUUGAUGAAUUUGACACAAGAUUUUGUGAUUUUAAAGAAGAAAAGAAUGAGUUAGACUUAUUUUCACAUCCAUUUUCCAUUAAAGUUAAGACAGUAAGAGAUGAAUUUCAAAUGGAAUUAAUAGAACUACAAAACAAUAAAGAUUUGAAAGAUGCUUACAAAGAUGUUGAAUUGUUAGAACUUUAUAAAAAAUACAUGAACAUUGAAGUUUAUCCACAUUUGUGCAAACACGCUAUGAAAUACUUUUCCCUUUUUGGAAGCACAUACAUCUGUGAACAAUUUUUUUCAAGAAUGAAACAUGUUAAAUCAGAGCAGAGACAUAGGUUGAAAGAUGAACACCUCACUGAUACACUUCGGAUUUCAUUGUCCACUAUAAAAGCUGACAUUGAUCAAUUGUGUAAAAAUAAACAAUGCCAAGAAAAAGAACUUAAGAUGGUAAAUGAAGAAGACAAGUAUGUAUGGUAUUCAGGGCUCAUAGUAAGUGUUUUAGAUGACAAUGAAUUUGAUGAGGAAUGUGAGUUUAAGGUGAUUUAUGGUUUGUUCAUCAAAGCGUGGAGGAAUAAAUGUGUUGUGAUAGAUACAACUCGCAAGUAUACAUACAAUGACUUACUGGUGUUUCAAACCUGUGCCACAGGUCCUACAGAAUACAAACAUACAUAA